GUGGCAGAAUGCUUAGCGGCCAAUCAGAAUAAGGCGGGAAUUAUUAUAUCGGCUUUGUAAGCAAUAGCGAUCGGCUUUCCCCGUUUUGUCUCUGUCCGCUGUUUCGUUUGUGUAGCUGAAUAAUUUGUCGUUUUAGUGUGCCGAAAUUCCGCGCUUAAUGUAAUACUCUAGGUGUUGUCGCAAAUUUUCAUUGAAUCAGUUUUGUUUUCUCGGUUUUUUGUGACUACUUAAAUCAGUGUAUUCCUUCUGACAAGCCCGCUUAUUUUAUAUCAUAAAAUGUAUUAUGCACAAACAUAGGAACAAAGAUCAAACCAAUGGGAGAUACAACCAAAGCAAAGAAGUAAACAAUCACAGGUUUAAGGUCAACAAGAACCAAUAAACAUCAAGGUGUUUAGAACAAGCUGUGAACCACAUGUGGAGACACUCGAACACUUCACUUUUACCUGAAGUUUGUGCUGAUGAUGUCGUCCAGAAGAACGACGAAAGCUCCAAACCAUCCAGCUCAGAGAACAAAACUCAAUCAAACUCAUCUACCUGAGCUACAAAUCUUCUCCACCAUCUCUUUACGUGGACUCGUUGAGUUCAACUCCAUCCGUCGCUUUUACGAAGCAACUCCAACCUUGGCGCCAAAUCUUUCAUUAAAGCCUUACACGCAAUCACAAAUCCAGCAGAUUUAUGUGGUAUUGUGUGAUCGCGAUAGACUAAAAAAAUGAAUAGUGCGAAGUGAAUAAUAAAAACAGUAUUCAUUCACCUAAAGAAAUCAGUUACCAACGAUUCGCUUACGUGAAACUGGGACCUAACAUACAAAUGAUCGUUGCUCAAAUACCCAUAAAAAUAGUCAGAACUCAAAUGGAGGAGUGGCGAAAUUUUCAACUAGUUGCAGAGUAACGGUAUUAAAAAUCAUCACACGUGACGUUACUAAUGCGAGUUUGUUUUCCUUGUUGCAGGGAAACAAAGAGUAAACGUACUAGAAGAAGAGGAACAAGCUUUACGCAAACUGAACCUGCAGAACAAUCAAUAAACCCAUUCUGUAAUAAGCUUCCCUUUUUGUACUCCAACCGCGUCUUUCAAUUUUAAAUAUAUUUCUGUUGUGCCAGUACGCCGUCUUCUUACUUCAGUGGCAUUUACCGGUCCUGACUGUUGUGUUGUGUUUCAGAUCGCUCCUGCUUGCAAGUAAACGCUGAUAGUACGUGCUACAACAGACAUAUCUCACGAAAAAAUACUUUAGAUUUGGGUCAUCAUUUUUCUGUUUACAUACUGACAUAACGUCCUUAGCAUGAGUGUACUACGAAAAUAACUAUCAACCACAGAAGUCAUACUACCGUAUGUACUCCUUUCAAACAAGCCUAGAAAUUGUCCCAACUUGCAAAUCGUCGCGAUAACAUAAUAUCACUGAAGAUUUGUUCUAUAUCAUGCAUCAUCACGACGGCAUCGUUUUCGUUACUUGAAGGAUGGACGUUAUCAGACAUAGUGUGGCUGAACUGAAUUCAAAUCUAAAAGUGUCUUGAUUGGACCGCUUCUGCAAAACUUCACGAAUUAUCGAUGUUGCGCACUAAUCAUCUAACGACAGUUUGACCUUCAGGUGCUCGCGACCUCCAUCAGUAGACGAUACCCCUGAAGCGUUUCCGAAGUUCAGUACACACAGGGCUUGCUCUACUUCUUCCUCGAAAGCUUAUAUCCUUGGUCACAUUUCAAUAGAAAGAAAACAGAAUCCAUUGACAUCAUACAUGGUGAUUUCAACCCCUCCUGAUGGUGCCUCAUAAAACCUAGUGGCAGGAGGUGGAUCGGCGAACCGAGUAUCAGAGGGAACUGUCACCCGAUCUGGUUUUAUUCGGUUGUAGUGCACAGUUAUCACGUCAUCCUGAGGUCGUCGUAAGUUGCGUAAUACAAACGUAGUGGAGGAUCGCAUCUGGCUGCGCCCCCCCCAUGACAUCGAUUGGGAGUUGAAUUAAAUUCCAUCAGCUCUGGCAAGGCCCUUUCUAAAUUUUCCUCGUUCGAUCCCCGACUAUUUUGUAAACCAGCCAUUCCUUUUGUACAUGGACCGCGAAUUUUAAUUUUCAAAUAAAACUCGGCUUCAAUUCCGUGUUCUCUCUUGGCGUGAAGUUCUCGGUUAACAUUGUGUGUUGUGGUUUCAGGUCUUCUUCGCCUUUCAGUGACUGCUGAUUACACGUAUUACAACUGCCUGUGGAUUUUUUGACCGGCGCAGGUGUUCAUAUUUUUUCCACAUGCUCUAAAAUACUGCUCCCCACUCCUUCAGCACUCAAGGUACCUUCAAGAUGAACGCAAACAUACAUAGGGUGGACUUUACACAAAGAAUAUAUCAGUUUGUCUUUAUUAUUUGUCCCCACACAACCAGCUGGAACUAGCUAUUUUAUCGUAGAUCAUAUUUUGAACACAAAUUUAGUGUUUCUAAUCAAUGUUUCAGUUCCAAAUGACGCUUACUCAUUCCAGUAUAUCCGGUCAACAUCCCCACGGGCCUACUGUUAGCUUUACGCCAGUACUUUUAUCAAGCUAAUGUUAAUAAACCCCUGUACAGUAUCCAUCGCAGUGAUUUAAGUACAACAAGUAGGUGCUUGCAUUUUGUGAGUCCUGGUUACUGUUUCUUAAGUUUCCUUCCUGACGGAUAUGACGCCACUACUUCUGGCGAGUCCCAGUCGUUGAUCACUACGCAGAAAUUGCGAGGUUCUAACUUGGAUUUUGUGUGAUAUCCCACAGGUGAUCAGUCCUAUCGAAUACUAUAAGAUAAUAGAAUUUGACAGUCAGCUCAUGAUACUAUACCAAUAGCUAUAGUAUAAAAACUGGAAUGUUUACUGUAUGUUGGUCACUACAUUAAGGAAAUGGAACAGUCAAGUUACGUGUUUGUGGUUAGUUUUAUGUGUGUUGACCUCAUUAUCGAAUAAUCGUUUAUAUACCAUACGAUAAAUCUAAAACAUACUCUCCUGUAGCCUUGAAAUUUUUACCUGUUUUAACCAAGGAGUUGGGAGAGAAUGUGAAUAAAUAAACUAUUAUAAGAAAUCGAAAAAAUUAACAUGGAAUUUACUGUCUUCACAUGACCUAUAAACAUUUUUACGUUGGUUAUUCGCCGUUAAAUUUUACGGUCAGGAUCGGUGUUCGAGCUGUUAUUUAGGGUUUAUGUUUAACAUGACCCAUAAACUUUAAUCAUACACACAACUAGUCUUUAGUCUCAGUUAGUUUUGCAAUUGAUCUAUAUUUUAACUUUUAAAUCGUAACCAUAGGCUCUCUUCAUAUCAUAAAUAUUAAUUAACGCCGAAUUUUAGUCCUAAAAUCUCCUAUCUAACUCUGAAUCCUAGUUCAAGUCAUAAUUUACAGUAUCUAAUAAUGCUUCCACUAAAAUUCACCAUGAUGCGCUUGAUACUCAAUAUCUUGGUUUGACGUUGGAUAAGCUCCAAGUCAGAUGAAUAUACGUUCCAUGACUUUAAAUUAGCGUUUUUGGUUCCUGACGUAUUUGGUAUUAUACUUAAGGUUUACAUAGAUGAGUUACAGUAUACUAACAGUAUUGUCUGAGCCUUAAGAAUUGGUCAGAACUCUCAACUUUUCGUCUGCAGCUGUAAUACAAUAUUUUGUGCUCACUAAAUGUUCCCUAUAAAACUCACUUGUAACAUGUUUAUUCGGUAGUGAAAGUGUUGAGAUUACGAUGAUAUCCUAUCGGGAUUCGGUUUAAGUCCCAGUAGGUAUCAUCACUACAUUAAGUAUCCAAAGGGAAACGUAUAGUGGAGUAGACCCUUUGUGUGGUUUAAGUCUUUGAAGUUGUUCAGUAUUAACCAUUUAGAUCCUUUGACUAUUGGGAUACAAAGCCAGCGAUUUCGUAAUACUUAUCGGUAACGGGGUGUGAAAGAUGACGUGUGCUUAUUCGAUACUAGCCGGUUAACGUAGAAGCUUGUUACUGAGUAUCAGUUCGAGUUUCCGAACCUUACUUUAGUAUGUCAGGAAGGAAAUUUUCAAAAAGAUGUUUCAAAUUAAACCCCGUUGUAAACAUAACAUUAAAGCAAUUUUUAAAGUAAUUAUAAUCUAAGUAGUGAUUAGUAGAAUAUGAAAGUCUAAAUCACACACAUUUGGCUUAGUUCGAACUUUUCAUAGUAUUAGAGAUACGUAGGAUGUACUUAUAAAGUUAAAUCUAGCUGUUGACAAAAAAUAAAUAAAGUCCCAUGAAAUACAGUUAUUUAUGGUUGGAAGUCUAAAAUUAUAAGUUGGUAUGGAAUUAUCACUCAGUACUGUAGAGUACUAUUGCAACUAAUAAACUUUCUAUCAAAUCACUAAAUAAUGACCGAUCAAUUCUGCUAAAUUAUAUGGGCUUUACUCUGCUUCAGAUCAAGGACUGUAUUUCGUCAACAUUUUCUUAUGUUUUUCUGUAUUGGGUUGUGGAGGUUGUUGAACUUCAUCCAAAUCAUGAACCGAUUCAAGUUGAACAACUGUUGAAUGCCAGCUAAUUGGUCUGGAGAUUAGACGUUCGCGUUCAAAACUGGGAGUUCUGGAUUGAAGCUCCGCGUGCAGGAUCGUGAAUAUGGACUUCCGAAGAGUCCUAUACUAUGACGAAUUGGCUGUCCAGUGCUUUCAGAUUUUCAAUGUCCUAACUUAGAUCGGUUCAUCGUUUCAUUGAAAUUUCCAUUGUUUGCUGUAUGAAAUUCUAGAUACGUGAUUUGCGAGAAUGAGAUCUCCUAAAGUGUCGUUAGGUUUGGUGGAAAGGUCCCGCCGGAUGUAGUAUUUGCUUAUGCAAAGCACUGUCAUUCUUGUACUCUACAAUAAUGUUAGAAAUGGGACCUAAUCUGCAAACAUCCAAUAUCGUUCCAAGUUUCUAAUUUUUCCCUCACGAAAAUGCGUUUUCUGCUGUUGUCAAUUCUCGAUAUACAUACUUUUUGGUCUCUUAACUAGCUAAUCCUUUCUGCAAACCCAUUCAUUCUCUCAAUUAUCGGCUUAUUUGUGUGCACUGGAAAUCGUAUAUAUGAACAGAACUAUCAUUACUCAAACCUCUCUUAAAUUUAGAAAAUAUGGUUAGUUGGGGAUUCGAUGUGGGGGUUGAUGUGAUAAUUCGGUAAAUAUAUGUAGAAAUGUUUACGACUAGUUUAUAACCUAUAGAUUACAGAUAUUUAAUCUGUGAGACAAGAAAAUUUGAUGGUAGGGAUUUAUUUGACAAUGCAUUCACCGUUUUCUGUGACUAAGUUUCGUUUUCUUUGUUUUUUUGUAAGUUAGUGAUAUAAAAUUGACUUUUACACUCUACAUUGUUAAUAUUUUUGUUUUAUUCUCUUAACGAGUGAGCAUGGGAAACAGCACUUUUCACUAGGUCUUUGUUCAACUUAAAUAUUUAAGUAUUUGGUUCUAAAAUUAUUAUUCACCAUAUUUUUCUUCGUAUUCUAAGUUUCUAUUAUGCGAUAUCAUUCAUUAUUUGUUUGAGGCUUAAUUCUGUGUUGUUGCAAAUUUGUGUGUAUACCGUUUGCUUGCUUAGAAGUAAUACAUUCAAUUAUAAAAGAAUGGUAGUACUCACUUGUACACAAAUCACCAAAUCGUCUCGUCACUUUUCAUUAACAUAUGUGAGUUCAUAUUACGCUUGUUUGGCUGUCUGCUUAUUGAUUUCCCACUGAAAAGCUAGUUCUAUCAGUGUGACUUAAUACACACACCUGUACCAUUUAACUGUCAAUGAUUUCUUUUACCUAACAAACGUUUUUUUAGGAUUAUUGCCAAUGACUGAACUAGCUUCGAGCUACGCACAAUCCAGCAACUAUGUACGAAAAACGGGCCACACUUUGAAGAAGAAAAAGCAAGUUCCUCCCCCCAAAUAUUUGUGUGUUCCCGGUUCAUUGGCACUUUUGGAUAGGAUUUCAGUUAUUGAUAAAUCUAACUCAUUAUGCAGUGAAAUCAAAUGCUUAUUUCAAAACAAUGAUAUAGAUAUCGAAGUUGAAAAACUGCAAGCGCUCCAGAAUGAUCCCGACCCUAGCGUCGUCCAGUUAGAAAGUGAAUCUAAAGCCAAAUCUUUGAAAAUUGGAAAAUCUCGUCGUCUAUUAAGGAAAGAACUGAAACACGAAUGGUUAGAAGUUUCGGAUUGCCGUGUUUUCUGGUCUCACAUAUUGCUGGGUUCAAAUGAGAUUAUUCGAUGUUUAGAGAGUUCUGUGUGCAAUAAAAGUGAAAAUAGCCAGGAAACUCAAGGAAGGAGGAUAUCAUGCGUUUUCGUUGAUUCUGGUUGGCUGGCAUCACAUUAUGGUCACCAUUUGGCGAACUUGUGUACGCUGUUGGAUAUUAGAUUAGUGGCAAUCAAACCGACAGGAUCACUACCUGAGUUAGUUACAACUAAGUUUAAACCUGUAAAAAAGGUAAUUCCUUUUGCCAAUCAUACCAUUUCAAUUUCGUUACAUUUAAUAUAUUUAUUUUUCCCCUUAAAGUUUCGAAAAUAGUCUACUACUGCCUAUUUAACAGUAAUGUUUUAAAAAAACUUUACAAUUCUUACUAGAUUUCUUCAUAAAAAUACUUUGAUUAGUCUGAGUUGUCGAACAUCAGUUUUUUAAUACUAGUGUUAGACUCCAUAUUUCUCCUGAACAUAGGUUUAGUAGCAGAUUGUUUUACACAAUGUUAAGCUGUAAUGAUCUGCUUCGAGCUUAAAAAAUACUGACGUGUAUUUUCACCUCGAUUAUCCUUCUUAUCACUCAGCUAAAGCAAACAAAGAUCCUGUGACAAGUGUGCGUCGGCCUAAAUUGCCAAGCCACAUUUACAUGACGAAUCGAAAGUAAUAAGAUGAAUACCAAAGGAGUCGAAAUAAUAGUAGUAUCAAGGUUAUUGACAAAGGCUAAAGGUUGAAAAUAUGGCUCGAGAAGAAGGAACGUAAAUAUAUGUAUGGAGAGAUACUAAAACUCAAAAUCUAAAGAAAGAUAAAGAAUAAAUGGAUGUGCACUAUUGUCAACGAUUCGAAGCCGUUUUAUUCAAUGUCUCAAAAUACUAAUAUGUUAUUUUGUGGACCCCGACCAGGUGAACUGCAUCCACCACACAUAGGUUAGACCAACAGUAACCUACCUCGGGUUGGUUUCACGUCUUGAUUUGACCGUUCUUAGAUUUAUUCCGAUUUAGUCUUGCUCCAGUCAAUAUUGAACUUCGAGGUAGAGGGUGUCUGAGUAUACACAACACAUGUCUCAAUUACUUCAGUCGAUGAGGAUUCACAACCUCACGAACCGGUUGACCAUCUUUGUCUAGUAACCUAUUCCCAACCUCAGCAUUGUUCACUCGGUCGUUCCACAACAUGCGAGUAGUGCUUUGAAGAUACUUAUGGUCAAAAGCCUGCAGCCCAUUCAUGUCUUCUACUGUCAUAGACCACGUUUCUCAGCUAUAAAGUAGUGCAGAGAAGAUUGGUGAGCUGCAUACAGGCUCUUUGGUUUGUAGACAGACAUAGUGCCUACUCCACCAGUGACCCUUAGUGAAUGUAAGCUAACUGAACUUUCUGAAUCUGUGCUGACAUCCUAUCAGACACCAACCUAUCAAACCAAAAAAACGCAACUGUCGUUGUCGAUCGGUAAGUACUCUUAGUUCUAAAACCAGACAAACAGUAAAUUUCAAGUUAACAUAUUUACGUCCGGGUUUGAUCUCCACGAGCCCUAGUUAGGCGGUGGAUGAUAAUAGAAGCUACUAUUUAAAAUACUAUAUUAGUCAACGUCUUUCUGUGUUUUGUCGUACAAGUUCAAAUUCAGCCUGAUAUACGUAAGUAAAAGUCUGAAUUUUACACUAAUAUAUAGCAUUUACAACAAUAUUGUUGUACUAUUUAAUUGAGUAAAUUCUGUUUUACUAAGCCAUAAAACGUGUGCAUGCAUUACACUCUAAAAUACUUUGUAGUAGCUAAUCACUUUUUAAUUGACUCAGACAGAAUCAGGUCAAAAAGGAAAACCUUUACCUUGUAGCUUUAAAAGUCGUUCCACCUACUGAGGUGCUUAGUCAAUCCGGUAGCUUCAUUAGUCCUCAUACGAACAAAGACGUGUCUCAGAACUGAGUAGGUGAAUAUGUAUUUGGUCAACUAACCGCAUUACCUCCUGUAAAACAUUUUAAGUUAGAUAAUAUACCCAAAUCUUUGUUUUACUGGUAUUUAUGUAAACUCAGAAAUGCACAUUAAAUUAGCCUUAAAAUAUUACUUAUGUUCAACUGUCUGUUAAAUAACUUCAGUUGCAUAAUGUUUAUAAUCUUGUUUCAAAUUUUUGGAGUUGGCAGUUUUGGGGUUUUGCCUAUCUAAUGAGAUUCCAUCAGAUCUCUCUGACAUUUGUAAACAAAUCGAGAUCAAGUUUCCUACACUUGGUGAUAACACUAGUAGCAUUGCAGCUCCAAUGGACAUUAAAAAACGCGAGACUUCAUAUAAAAUGGCUAUUAAUUGUUCAAAAGCCUCUUCAUUAGUCGAAAAAAAAGAAAGUUGGGAGGAUGUUCAAAUUAGUUCAAAAUUAUAUGAUUAUAGUUCACUACCCCAUAAAUUUACUAUCACUGAAUUUCAGUCAUACCUAUCUUCUCUCAUUCUUCAGUCAUUUGAAAGUGAAAUUGUUCAUAGUAUGCUUGAUAGUGACAAUCAAUCUAACUUUGAAUACAGUUAUGGCUUUUGUGCGUAUAAACCACCUGUGUUAAAACGGGUUGUCGCUCGAACAGAACGUAAAACUCGAAAGCGAAAAACGUUUGCAUCUGCCAAUUUUCAGCCAAAAACUCCAGUAGAAAAAAAGACAAACAAUGAUACAUGCGAUAAGGUAAAACAAGAGGAGGUGCUACCUAUAGUUUGAUAAAUCCACUUUAUUACUGAAUUUUGUAAACCUGUGUAACCGGUGUGUAAUAAAAUUUCAUUUAUUCUCUUUAACUUUGUUUUGUUAUCAUUUAAUUGUAUGUGUUGGUUAAUAUGAAUUGUUUGAUAAGAAAAGUAGUUGGUUGUGGUAGAUUUUAGAUUCACUUUUAUUUACGUUGGCACUGCAAUCUGUCAAUGUCAUUCUCCGAUGUGACCACCCCGAUAACUCUCUCAUUCGACUUAAGCAAACAGCGUAAAACACAACAAUAGGCAGAAAAGAUGUAUAUUCCUAGCGAAAAGUUACAAAGUGUUUACAUAAUACACAUGCAUAGCUUUCAAUUGUCCAUUUGCAUCCUUCUGUGUGUUCUGCCACCUAAACCGUCUUCUCAACUGGUUUCCAUGUGUUCUACCAACGCCGUACUUUUGAUGCACAGAAACUCUUCACUCCGUCUGACAAUUGUUGCAACUUUGACGCUACGUUCCGCUACACACUAAUUACAGACAUCUUAUGAGUAGCGUCCACUACAAUAGAACACUUAAGUGUACAUUACUAAAGAUAUCGUAGUUAGCACUUGAACAAAAAUUUGCAUCAAAUCAACUAAUCUAAUUUCUCCACUUAGAAACUUAUGCCUAACUGCAAUGUGGUUGACUCGAUGAAUACAUGGAAUAUAACUUUUCCUCAUAGAUACCGCAUUUCAUAACUGAGUUCGUUACUGUAAAUUCUUUUACAUUUCUAAACUUGGCCUUGAAAUGCUGACCACUUCAAUAGAUAAUUUGUUUCAGCAGGACAAUCAUUGACAAAAGCUUACUCCAUGGCUAUGAACAUUCUUUUAUUACGUUACUAGGUCUCUGAGCUUUCGUUUCUGAAAGCUAUGUUUAACACACUGUAAGCCAACAGUGUUUUUUAUAUCGGAAGACAGGUAUCACUAGCUAACUUUCUAGAAUUUCAUCCCAUCAGUGUAUCCCACGUCAACAAAACACACAAGAUCAUUCAUUUGAUCUCGCCCAGCGAGUAGGGAGCACAAGCACUUAGGUGGAUCUCAUGGUAUCCCGGUUGAACACACGGACAGUGGUGAUCGCCUGCUACUUAUUAUUCCUGCCAAAUACAGACUUUAAGCCUAAAGUAAGACAUUGUCUAACCUAGUGACUCCAAACAUCAGAACAGCGUUGAGAAAAAUUGAUCAUAUCACCAGUCGUUACUGGAGAGGCCCGACAGAAUUUUGCCUCUCCUUCCAAGACAAAUCCUUGGACUGGGAUCAUACACGAGUGCGAGAAAGCAUUUCAACGCAUCUUACUGGACGUAGGAAAAUCACAACAAGAAGAGCCCUUAAAUAUUGUUUGGAAGAAGAAAAAUGUCAAGGACAAAUCAGGGUAAGAGUUAGCUUAUCGCCUAGUUGAUCGGGGAAAAAUAGUUAGCCUUGAAGAAGCUUGGAAUGAUAUCCAAACACUUGUUAGUACAUCAAUAACAUCUCCCAAUAACUUGCAUAGAAAAUGUAAGCCAGUAGAUUUCGUUGCUAUUUAAUAAAUUGAUAGAUGUUCAAAAGCUCAACUAAGCAGGCCCAAAAAGCGGUAAAAAUAGGCAACAACUCGGACACAAAAGAGAAAAAUUUCGACGGGAUAAUCUUGAGCAAUAGUGUGAGAAAAAAUCAAAAGAGACUGGUGAGGCAGCGGCGCCAGACAGCACUAAAAAACUAUUCCGAUUCAUCAAGGAAACAGGUAUUAAAAAGGGAACCAUUUUUAGACUACCUCGCAAAAAUACAACCACCAUUCCCUCUGUUUAGAAGUUAAGACUGGUGGGUAGGAAAUUUCGGGAAACAGUUCAUCUGCCUCCCGCUGCCUACUAUUACUUAUUUUCAAACAACCUAAUUUAAAGAUGCGAUUGGGCCCUCGACUCUGGCUGGGAUUUGAUAGGUUAUAUCUAAUCUACAGCGAGGAAGAACAGGAGGCUCUUACUGAUUAAUCCCGACGAUCUUCAGCAGUGGAGGUCCAGUUUUAGUAGUAAAUUUGACGCAGAUAUCAGCUGACGUUUGGGAACUAAAGUCACUCAGGUUUAGACAAAAUGACUGUCUACAAACCAAAGGGCCUGUAUGCAGCUCACCAAUCUUCUCUGCACUACUUUAUAGCUGAGAAACGUGGUCUAUGACAGUAGAAGACAUGAAUGGGCUGCAGGCUUUUGACCAUAAGUAUCUUCAAAGCACUACUCGCAUGUUGUGGAACGACCGAGUGAACAAUGCUGAGGUUGGGAAUAGGUUACUAGACAAAGAUGGUCAACCGGUUCGUGAGGUUGUGAAUCCUCAUCGACUGAAGUAAUUGAGACAUGUGUUGUGUAUACUCAGACACCCUCUACCUCGAAGUUCAAUAUUGACUGGAGCAAGACUAAAUCGGAAUAAAUCUAAGAACGGUCAAAUCAAGACGUGAAACCAACCCGAGGUAGGUUACUGUUGGUCUAACCUAUGUGUGGUGGAUGCAGUUCACCUGGUCGGGGUCCACAAAAUAACAUAUUAGUAUUUUGAGACAUUGAAUAAAACGGCUUCGAAUCGUUGACAAUAGUGCACAUCCAUUUAUUCUUUAUCUUUCUUUAGAUUUUGAGUUUUAGUAUCUCUCCAUACAUAUAUUUACGUUCCUUCUUCUCGAGCCAUAUUUUCAACCUUUAGCCUUUGUCAAUAACCUUGAUACUACUAUUAUUUCGACUCCUUUGGUAUUCAUCUUAUUACUUUCGAUUCGUCAUGUAAAUGUGGCUUGGCAAUUUAGGCCGACGCAUAUUUGUCUCUAGCCUUACUUUGUUACUUUCUGUGUUUUAAGACUUUCUAUGUAAACUAGUUUUUUUAUUCUCUUUGAGAUUUAUUUGGAAACCGUUGUUUUAUGUUACUGUAUGAUAUCUUGUUUUGUUUGUAGUUUUAAGCUCCUUAGUAUGAUGAUUAUUUUCAUAAAGGCUUACUUAAUUUUAUCGAAACAACUGACUAAUUUGAACACCGUUUUUUUUUAUCGCAGAUUUCGCACUUGAAAUUUAUAAAUAGUUUGUAGUAGUUGUUUCCAUUGAUAAUGAGAUCUUAUUUCAUGUUGUCUUAAAGGUGAAUGAUCAGCGGUGUUUCACACAAAUAGUUGUUUAAUUUUGCUCUACAAUGAUUGAUAACAAUGAGAAGUAUUUGGAUGAAAUUGCCGUAAAGAAUUUCAUUCGAUACUUACAAUUUGUGACAGUUCAUCCCAAUCCAUGCUAUCGACCUGCUGUUGAGUGGCUUGUUAAAUUGGGUCAAGAAUUACAGCUCAUAUGCAAUGUCGUUGAAAGCGUUCCAGAUAAUCCUAUCGUCAUCAUGCGUUGGGAUGGAUAUCAACCGGAAUUACCAGCAAUCAUGUUAAAUUCACAUAUGGACGUAGUACCAGUAGUCGAAGAAAAAUGGUCAUAUCCUCCAUUCAGUGGUACAAUUACACCUGAUGGUAAAAUAUACGGUCGAGGUACUCAGGAUAUGAAAUCAAUUGGUAUCCAACAGUUGGAGGCUAUUCGAAGAUUGAAAUCACGUGGAUGCAACCAGUUGCGUCGUACAGUUUACUUGACUUUUGUACCUGACGAGGAGUUAGGUGGUGUGAAAGGAAUGAAACCAUUUGUAUUGAAUCAUAAUGAAUGUAAUAAUCAUCAUUCCGAAGAAAUUAGAUUUCAAGAUAUGAAUAUUGGGCUUUGUUUAGAUGAAGGUAUACCAAGUUGUUCAGAGGAUUAUUUAGCAUUUUACGACGAACGUCGUCCAGUUUGGAUAAAUGUACAUUUUCAUGGUAAUGCUGGUCAUGGUCUGGCUUUAAUUGAAAAUACAGCCGCUGAAAAAUUCCGGAUAUUUUUAAAUAGUAUUUACAGUUUCCGCAAAGAAGAACAAUUAAGGUUAGAAAACUCUCUAGGAAAGCUAACAUUGGGGGAUAUAACAACAGUUAAUAUGACAAUGAUAAAUGGAGGUGUGCAACAUAAUGUUGUGCCUGAACAGCUGUCAGCAUCAUUUGACAUUAGAUUAACUCCGUCAUUGUCACUGGAUGACUUCAAAAGGAAAUUAGAUCAGUGGGCAUUAAUUGCUGGUGGACAGAUUGAAUUCGAAUUCAUCAAUACUGGAGUUGAUCUGAAACAAUCAGUUAUUACCCCAGAUGAAUCCACUAAUCCUUGGUGGGCUACUUUAAUUAGUGUCUGCUCAAAACACGGUAGUAAAGUUCAAAAGAGAAUAUUUCCUGGUGGUACAGAUGCCAGAUUUGUUCGAGAAUAUCAUUUACUUCCACAUGCUACUAAUAACAAACCAAUACAAGCAAUUGGAUUUUCGCCGAUCAAAAAUACCCCCGUUUUAUUGCAUGAUCAUGAUGAAUGGUUAGAUAAAACAGAAUUUUUGCGUGGAUGUCGAUUGUACUCUGAUCUUGUUCAAGCUCUCGCCGAAUUACCCUGACCCAGUGGUUUCUAUUCAGUUGUAUUGCUUUUGUUUUCAUUGGUCUUUGUUAAUUAGUGACUGAAUUUCGUACAGUUACUACUUAUAGUUUUAAGUUUAGUGUCAAUGUUUUACGUAAUUGUAUCCGGUGAUUUAAAUAAAUAUAUGGGUUAUUUCAGUUAAUAGAAUUAUUUUUUUCAUGAUGAUACGUUAUGAAUAAGACAGUUAUUACUGACUGUAGUCGGAAUUCAUAUUUCGUUGAAAAAAAUGAAGCCGAAUAUCCUUCAUUAUCUAGACCUUUCCGGAAUGAGAAUCGUCAAUACAUUUGUGUCUUUUUGUUGUUGUGCUCAUCGUUAUGCUACAACAUACUUUUAAAGCAGUGCGCGAAAUAUAUUUUACGUUUAAGUUGUUUUUUGAUCUAAGGUUUUAGUUGCUAAUCAGGAAGACUAUAGGAUUUCCUAUUGUUUUACAGGUUUGGGUGUAUUGCAUUAACAGCGCACAUAACCACUGUCUAUUCUUAUCACAUGGAAUAUGGUUGAACGAUACUAGAUCGGUCAUUAGAAAUAGUAAUUCCAGGUCUCAUUUUUACAGGCAAUUGGUCCCAUUGAACUGCCUUCUUCGUACGGCUUUAAUUUAAACAAAAUAGCAUAUCAGGAAACUACUCAGUUUUUACACUUGGCAGUAAUGUUGUUUCAGUUACAGAAAUUUAAUUGCGGAUUUUCGGUGCUUGGUUUGCAGAUUUAGUUUUAGAAGUCAGGAAGCAUACUCAUUACUGUCGAUACAAUGAGCUAAUAGAUUUUAGGAAAACACCUCAGAUAUCUUUAUAACCGUUCACCAGUUUUGUUAGGUAAGGGACGAUUAGUAUUCCAAAGGUAAUAGUGAUGUAUGGUUUGAUGGAUUUGAAGUAUCUUUGUGUUAUGACCUUGCGUCUCCCAAUUAUUUUGUUUUUGCCAAAAUCCCCGUCGCCAAUUGUUAUGACCUUGGGUGUCUGGUUUUUUCUGUCACACGACUUAUCUACCAAUCCGAAUACGACUUAUACGAAUCUUCACACUAGGCCAACCAAUGACGUUCAACCGGUGUGGGCAGUUUAGUGUCCUUAUUGGUCCUAUGUCCUACGAGCCCUUCCACUUGAGUCCAGAACAAGAUACCAGCUUCCGAAUCAGAGCAGAUCGUUUAUUUCAAGCAUACUUAGUUUAUAUAUCAAUCACACAGACCGCAACGUACCAUAAAAUAGGAAAUAAUAUUUGUACACAAAUAAGCCCAAAAAGUGGCUGUGAAUGUGGGAGGCAGUAGUUGAUGAGCUGAACAUAACUUAAGAACCGUAAAUCGUACAAUAAUAAGUUAUAGGUCAAAAUAAAGCUUAUAAUAAGAGGAAUAUAAAUAUAUGUAAUGUAAUUGUUGAAUAAUUAUACAAUAAGAAUAUUUAUAGAAUAUUAGUCCAUUAAUAGUCCUCGGGAGUUACCUGUAAUUUAAUCUCCACUCGGACAUAACACCCAUGACAACUGCAACCCCACUUGGUGAAUGCAUAACACUGGAUAACAUUCAUUGUGAUCCUUUCCUUCUUUGUUUUGUAGAAUGUUUUGACGGUUCUACAUCCAUGAGACUCCCAUCCUAAAAGUGCUUUUCAUGCUUCUUCAGACAGCAUUAUAGCAAAUCGCUCACUGUGAGUAGCACCUUCCUCAUCGUGCCCAGGGUACAGCAGCAUCUCUACCGUAUCUAGCCUAUCCUGAUCAGCUUGGAUCCAAUGGGUUUCACCGGCUGUUGAGUGGCUUGUUAAAUUGGGUCAAGAAUUACAGCUCAUAUGCAAUGUCGUUGAAAGCGUUCCAGAUAAUCCUAUCGUCAUCAUGCGUUGGGAUGGAUAUCAACCGGAAUUACCAGCAAUCAUGUUAAAUUCACAUAUGGACGUAGUACCAGUAGUCGAAGAAAAAUGGUCAUAUCCUCCAUUCAGUGGUACAAUUACACCUGAUGGUAAAAUAUACGGUCGAGGUACUCAGGAUAUGAAAUCAAUUGGUAUCCAACAGUUGGAGGCUAUUCGAAGAUUGAAAUCACGUGGAUGCAACCAGUUGCGUCGUACAGUUUACUUGACUUUUGUACCUGACGAGGAGUUAGGUGGUGUGAAAGGAAUGAAACCAUUUGUAUUGAAUCAUAAUGAAUGUAAUAAUCAUCAUUCCGAAGAAAUUAGAUUUCAAGAUAUGAAUAUUGGGCUUUGUUUAGAUGAAGGUAUACCAAGUUGUUCAGAGGAUUAUUUAGCAUUUUACGACGAACGUCGUCCAGUUUGGAUAAAUGUACAUUUUCAUGGUAAUGCUGGUCAUGGUCUGGCUUUAAUUGAAAAUACAGCCGCUGAAAAAUUCCGGAUAUUUUUAAAUAGUAUGAACGAAGAAUCCCCGAAAUAACGCAACUGAAUCAAGAAGUACUAGAUGAGCACAAACGAAUGUAUUGUAUUUAGAAUUCGAAAUUCAGUAUUCAACAAGUACAGUGGUAUCACUAGUUCAUUCAGACACCACAGAAUCCCAAGUUUGUAAUCAAGACAAUAACUUGUGUUACAUUUAAAUUAAAUUCUCAGACCCGUUUUAUCUUCACUAUGCAUAUAUGACUCAUACAUAUUGAUAUUUCGUUAUCCUUUUCAUUUAAUUGAGACUUUCAUAGCAUCACUCCAAACUAUGACUGCACAAACAUUUACUCUAACGUCAUAUCUUACUGCGAUAAUAAGUUAUUUUUUCUUAAUUAUUUUUUGUUACUAAUUUGACGAUAUAUACAUAGUCGUUUAUUCUUGUUGUGUUCAUAAACACGCCUAUUAAACUGUAUGUAUAUUUCACGUCUUAUUUAUUUCUAUUCCCUUAUUUUCUCCAUUUCCUUCUUUAAACUCAAUUCAAUAUUCUUCUCAAUUACACAGAACCUGAUUUAUCAUUAUUAUUAUUCUAUUAUUAUUACUCUUUUUUUUAAAUAUGGCAAAUAUAAUGCUAACAUUAUUGAAAACUGCGUAUUAUUG